GAAAAGAGAAAGUCGGACUCCAAAUGUCAACUCUAAGAUGAAGCAAUGACUACUUCUCCCACCAAACUGUAGCCUUGUAUCCUACUUACACAAUAGAUAGUACAGAUACCCAAACUUGAUGACGUCAACAACAAAGACAUCUGCAACUAAAUUUGGAGAAAAGAAUAUUUUGGCUUGUAAUUUUCUCAAUUCUCUGAUCUGAUCUUUUCCUUGAGCUAUCUCCAGCGCUCAGAGGGCGUGUUUCAAAAGUCAGAUUAUACAACUGAUAGUAGACAGACACGUCAAGGUUUUUUAAGUGUGAUCCUGGAGUAACACAUUUUAGUUUAAACAUCCUUUCAGUGCAAAAUAUGAGGAAGAAAAUACUAGACAUGUUUUAUUUAUAAUAUUAGGAAAGAAUAUUGAUCAAUGUAACAUUUCAGUAUUAUCUGUUUUAGUGUUUAAAUCACGACAAAACUUUACAAAAAGUGACAUUGUAAUUUACUUCAAACAGAUUAAAUAAAGCCCUAAGUAUGAACCUAACUGCCUCCAAGAACUACACGCCAGAAGAGAUCCAAGAAUACUUGUCACUAUUACAGCAUCAAUCCACUCUAGCCUUUAUACCAACUCUGGUCUACCUGUCUGUGCUCCUUGUUGUGGGCAGUACUGGCAACUGUCUGGUUCUAGUUGUGUACUGCACUAAGAUGACCAGGACACCAAUAAGAAUUUUUAUCAUCAGCAUGGCUGUAGUCGAUCUGUUUAUAAACGUCAUUUUAAUUCCAGGAGAACUAUACGACAUGUUUCAUGUCUGGGACUUUGAUCUUCCAAUACUUUGUCAAAUUCGUCGAUUUUUAAACUGUGUGACAAUAAUGUUUUCCAUUCUUGUGCUGGUUGCUAUUGCAAUCACAAGAUACAGGGCUGUUUGCUGUUCUCCAGUUAAAUUCGUCUCCAUAAAGCAAGCUUUAAUUAUAUGUGUUCUGAUAUCUACGAUUUCAAUUAUUCUAUCUAUAAACUACGGACUUCUCAAUGGGCGUCAAACCAAGAAAACUCCAAAUCCGCAAAUCUUUGGACAUUUUUGUGACAUUGACGACAGAUACGUCGGCUCAAAACGUUUUCAGGUCGGCACGGGUAUAUUUGUCGUCUUUGUUCUAGCUUCUACCAUUUCCUCGCUAGCCUCGUACGCUGCCAUCUGGUGUAAGGUCACGAAACACAACGGUGUCAUGAACUGGAAGGCGCGCUUUCUGUCAUCCGAAAAAGAGCAGAAGUCUAUCCCCAUUCAGAUGAAAACAAAAACCAGUUUCCGUCAAACGACUCGUAUGAUGUUGACUAUAACUGUGACGUGUUUUGUUGCAGGCUAUCCAUUUCUUGGAGCUCAGAUCUACAAAACUGCCCAUCCAGAAGGCUAUGCUGUGUUGGAAGGUGUCCCUCUAGCCAUGUAUCAUCUUUUCUAUAGAUCAUACUUAUUAAAUAGCGCAGUGAAUCCAAUCAUUUACAUCUUAAUGGACCGAACAUUUAGGAAAGAAUGUUGGACAUUGUUGACAACUACUUGGAAAUGUAACAUUCGAUAGAUUUUUUGGGGGAAACCCGCAAAAAUUCAUGUUCUGAUCUUAAAAACGAAAAGCACUUAUGAAAUGUUUAUUUCACUAUCGCCUGUGUCGUGAUCCAAAUUGGCAGAUCAGCUACAUCGGAGAUUUAAAAACGAACUCUUGUUUUUAAUAUUAAACCUUUUUUAUUGCUUGUACAGACGGUGAGGUUGCGUGUCAAUGUGUUAUGCGCCAGGAGGCCCAUUGACUCCGACUUCAGCCUGCUUUCUGGGUGUGCUCCCAUAGCCUUUGAUCAUCCAAGAUCAUCUGCAAGGCAGCAGGUGUUUAUUUUCGGAGUUUUCUCUCCUAGAUUAACUGCUAGCCCUAGCUAACGAUUUUCAUCUACCCGGGUUUAGAGUUAGAGAGCCCUAUACUCGCUUUUUGCAAUCAUUUCCCUGGAUUUCUGAGAUGUUUUAGUAAAUAUUCUAAGCACUGGAAUACUUCACCUCAUUCUCCAUGACUGCAAACCUGUUGGUCCGCGGCUGUUUAUUUGCUAUUCACAUCUAACCCUUGUAUCUAUGAGUCCUUCUCCAAUCCGCAACCUGGGAACGAAUUUGAUAGAAGGUGGUAGCUCCCCCAAGCUCAAAAUUAGAACCAAUAAAAUCUGCCCAUGUGGAAUGUCACCAGAAAAUGCUAACCAUGUCCUUCAAAACUGUUCUCUUUACCACGAGGCCCGUACAAGACAAUAGCCCCAAAACACCCCAAUAGAAAGAAAACUAUAUGGAGAGCUCCCUGAUUUGGAAACCACUGCGCAGUUCAUCUCAUGUAUUGGUCUAGUCAUCUGAACGCUCCAGCAUAACAAUGAGAACGAGGAAGAAGAAGAAACUUGUACAGACACUUUCAUUGUUCAUCUAAGAAUACUUGCAUUGAGGAAAUACACCCUUCUUGAUUUAUUUUACAUUGAGACAUUCAGUACGUAUUUCUGUUUGGGAGAGUAAAAAGUAGUGAAACACUAAGUAACCCUAGAGACUGGAUUUGGAAGACUAUAGAAUAAGAAUUCAACAUUAAAAACAUGCAAAAUAUUUUUUUAAAAAGCUUAACCGUGGGGAUGAAUUUCGCUCUUACAAAUCUCUAAAUAAUGUCAAAAUUAUUUCCCUUAUUUGAUACCAAAACAAAAAAGGUUAUACCAACAAUUAAUUGACAAAUGGAUUAUUUGAUCAAUUGUUAAUUGAUUUAUCAUAAGUCGGACAUAAUAAAUAAUUGUUUAACGUAUCAACUUGAGUUGAUGAUGAGUUAGAGGUUCAUACCCGAUAAGCAGAGACUUUAAACAAUUUUUUAUUGUACCUAACAAAACAUGACUCAAUGAACAAAAAUACUCAAUUAGUCAAUUAAUUAUUUGGUAAUCAAUUAUUUAUAUCGAAUAAGGGAAAUAACUACAUUAUUGGUACAUAUAGUAUAAGAACGAGUUUUUCCUUUAAAUUAGCUUUUUACUAACUUUAGUAGCUUCAUCGUGGUAAAUGUGUGUCUAGUUGCGGAUGAAUGUUUUAGGUCAAUUUUUUGGGGUAUGCAUCAGGUCUAUGUUUUUGUAUGCAAGCAUAUGUAGGGUUAUCAUAUUCAUGUACGCCCAAAGGAGGAUAAAAAGGAGAAUAAAAAGGAGGACACAUCUCUAUAAAGGAGGACAAGAAAGCAUUGUUGAAAAGGUAGACUUACAUUUUGAUGACAUACAUCUCUCACAUACAUCUCUAACAGCUGCAAUGGAAUCCUAGUUCUCAGACAAAGUUACAUUCUCUUUCAGAAUGCCUCUGACUGAGUUUACAAUGGAAUCAUAGUUCUCAGACAAAGUUACAUUCUCUUUCAGAAUGCCUCUGACUGAGUCUACAAUGGAAUCAUAGUUCUCAGAUAAAGUUACAUUCUCUUUCAGAAUGCCCCUGACUGAGUCUACAAUGGAAUCAUAGUUCUCAGACAAAGUUACAUUCUCUUUCAGAAUGCCCCUGACUGAGUCUACAAUGGAAUCAUAGUUAUCAGACAAAGAUACAUUCCCUUUCAGAAUGCCUCUGACUGAGUCUAUAAUGGAAUCAUAGUUCCCAGACAAGUUACAUUCUCUUUAAGAAUGCCUCUGACUGAGUCUACAAUGGAAUCAUAGUUCUCAGACAAAGUUACAUUCUCUUUCAGAAUGCCCCUGACUGAGUCUACAAUGGAAUCAUAGUUAUCAAACAAAGAUACAUUCUCUUUCAGAAUGCCUCUGACUGAGUCUACAAUGGAAUCAUAGUUCCCAGACAAAGUUACAUUCUCUUUCAGAAUGCCUCUGACUGAGUCUACAAUGGAAUCAUAG